UUGUGUUUGAGAGAGAAGAAAGCCAUGGAAAUGGAAAAGAAAGCUCAUCAUGUGCUUGUGGUUCCAUACACAAGGCAAGGCCACUACAACCCCAUGCUCCAAUUCUCCAAGCGCUUGGUCUCCAAAGGCCUCAAAGCCACUUUGGUCGUAACCCACUUCAUCUCCAAAUCCAUGAACCCCAACCCACUCGGCUCCGUCCAAAUCGACACCAUCUCCGAUGGCUGCGACGCCGGUGGCUUCGCGCAAGCUGAGACCAUCAAGGACUACCUCACACGGCUCGAGACCGCCGGCUCCAAAACCCUAGCCGAGCUCAUCGUCAAGUACAAGGACACGGCAAGCCCUGUUGAUUGUAUAGUGUAUGAUGCUUUCUUACCAUGGGUCUUGGAUGUGGCUCAACAGUUUGGAAUCGGUGGAGCUGCGUUCUUCACCCAAAUGGCUGCUGUUAAUUACAUUUACUACUACGCGCAGCACAAGUUGUUGCCGCUGCCGGUUAUCUCGACGCCGGUGAUGAUUCCGGGACUGCCACCGCUUGAGCUCCGGGACAUGCCAUCGUUCAUAUAUGUGGCGGGGUCGUAUCCGGCUUACUUUGAGAUGGUUUUGAGUCAAUUCUCUAACGCAAACAAAGCUCAUUCUAUACUUGUGAACACUUUCUAUAAAUUGGAGGAGGAGGUGGUGGAUGCAAUGUCAAAACUAUGUCCAUUAUUGACAAUUGGUCCAACAAUCCCAUCAAUCUACUUAGACAAAAGGCUCCAAAAUGACAAUGAUUAUGGGCUCAACCUCUUCCAAUUGGACUCAUCCAGGCCCAUCAAUUGGCUCAACAGCAAGCCACCAAGGUCAGUCAUCUACGUAGCAUUUGGGAGCAUGGCUAACCUAAGUGAAAAGCAAAUGGAGGAACUUGCAUAUGGGUUGAAGAGAACAAACUUCCACUUCAUAUGGGCCAUUAGGGCUUCUGAAGAAGCAAAGAUCCCCAUAGAAUUCAAACAAGAGGCACCCAAUAAGGGUUUGAUAGUGAAUUGGAUUCCCCAAUUGGAAGUUCUUUCAAAUGAGGCAAUUGGGUGUUUCUUCACACAUUGUGGUUGGAACUCAACAAUUGAGGCAUUGAGCUUGGGAGUGCCAAUGGUGGCAAUGCCUCAAUGGACUGACCAAACAACAGAUGCUAAGUUUGUUGAGGAUAUUUGGAAAGUGGGUGUUAGGGUUAGGGUUGAUGAGAAUGGGAUUGUUGGUAGAGAAGAGAUUGAAAGUUGCAUUGUGAAGGUGAUGGAGGGGGAAACAGGGGGAGAAAUGAGAAAGAAUGCGGAGAAAUGGAAGAAGUUGGCUGUUGAGGCUGUGAGUGAAGGUGGGACUUCUGAUAAAAAUAUUGAUGACUUUGUUUCUACGUUGGUAAGUUCAUCGUAAAAUAAGCGGAAAAUGUUAAUAAUCUCAAUAUUUAUUUUGUCUCAACUAUCUUAAAUAUUGAGAUGAACGAACAUGAUCAAUGUUCUCCAUAUGAAAUUAUGUGCGUCUAUCUCGACAUUUAAGAUAAUUUGAACAAAAAAAUACUGAAAUCCGUAGUAUUACUAUAAAAUACGAUUUGUAAUGAUUGGAGAUGGUCGGGUUUGGGAAGUUUUUAGUGGAAAAAAUGUAAUUUUUGUGUAAA